CGAACUACCACCUCUCAAUUUCUAAGGAAAUGGUCAGGUCCAGAUACCAGAUCUCUACUCUUCCGGGCUCGAAGAAGCUCGGAGAUCAAACAUAUAAAGAAGCCCGUGACAUCCUUACCAUGGAAGCCUCAAUCCCAGAUUGGAGACGAUACAUAAUGUCUAUUGUCGGAGAUCCCUCCCAAGCCCUCGAAUCUUGUAGAUUCUGCGUGGUAUCCGGCCAACGGUGCCAGGCCUCGAGGUCCUUUAUAGGCUGCAGGGAAUGCAUUAUCAAUCUUCGGCGCUGCCCUCUUAUCGAUUCCAUGCUACUUGACCACUUGAUGGACAAAUACUGGCACGAUAACCAGGAAGCUCAAGAAUACCUCAAAUCGUUCAGAGAGUCCUGCAGAAUGAUCCGGUCCUCAACGUAUGCGCGCGCAAUGCCCGAAAUCAUGAGCGAAAUAUCGGACGUCAUUGGUGACUUUGGUCUCGACCAGGCCCACUACGAAGGAGAUCCUCUCAGAGAGGCUAUUUUCAAAAUCAGAAAUCUCGCGUUCGGUGCCGCUGUUCGCGCCAACACCGCCCAGCGCGAGAUCCAGUCACUUCGCUAUAUCCUAGCCCUCACUACUACCAUAGUCAAACGUGUUGUCGAAAGCCGUGAACUUGACGCAGCCGAUGCAAUGAGGGAGCUCCAGGACCUACUGACGGACAUUAGGCGACCUCCAAGUGAGAGUCGCUGGCGUUUCAUGCACCCGUAACUGCACCUUAUUCCUAGUGUCGAAUCCUCCUGUUCUGUUCUACGUCUGGAAUUCACUCGGGGAAUAUUGAAUGU